UAUAAAAGCUCCAUUUCGAAAUUCAGCCCGUAACAAAUCUCCAUUCUUCUCGUUCAUCAUCAUCAUCAUCGAUAUCGAUCGUGUGUGUUGUAUUUAAGAUAGAAUCAUGGACAUCGGCCCUCUGUUCUACAAAGAGGGCUUGCCAACAACGUUACAUAAACAACGUUGGAGAUCAUCAUCGUUAUCGUCAAAAACUUCUUCUAUACCUUCGAUUGUCUUAGCUUUUUUCUCUUGUCUCGCAUGGCUUUACAUUGCUGGCAGGUUGUGGCAAGAUGCUGAGAACAGAACAUUAUUGUUUAAUCUGGUUAUGAAGACUCCUGCCCAAAGACCAAAGGCUCUUACUGUUGAAGACAAGCUAAUGGUCCUAGGAUGCAAGGAUUUAGAAAGAAGAAUUGUGGAAACUGAGAUGGAAAUAACACUAGCAAAAAGUCAAGGUUUUCUCAGGAACCAGUUGACCGAGAGUGGUUCAUCGUCUAGCAAAAAGCUUCUUGCUGUAAUUGGCAUCUAUACUGGAUUUGGGAGUCGAUCAAAACGAAACGCUUUCAGAGGAUCCUGGAUGACUGGUGUUGAUUCCAUAAAGACGCUUGAAGAAAGAGGAAUAGUCAUACGUUUUGUCAUUGGCCGAAGUCCGAAUCGCGGUGAUAGCUUGGACCGUAAGAUCGAUGAGGAAAACGACAUGAAAAACGAUUUCUUGAUUCUUGAUGAUCAUGAAGAGGCCGACGAAGAAUCAUCUAAGAAAGCGAAGUUCUUCUUCAGUUCAGCCGUUCAAAAUUGGGAUGCCGAGUUUUACGUCAAAGUCGACAAAGAUAUUCAACUUGAUCUCGAGGAGUUGAUCGAGUUUCUCGAUAGCCUUCGUGGUCAAGAUAGUCUUUAUGUUGGAUGCAUGAAAUCAGGAGAAGUUGUUUCGGAAGUGGGAAAGCGGUGGUAUGAACCCGAGUGGUGGAAGUUCGGUGAUGAGAAAUCGUACUUUCGGCAUGCAGCCGGUUCACUUUAUAUCUUAACGCGAAAUUUUGCUCAGUACAUUAACAUUAACAGUGCAUCUUUGAAGACGUAUGCUCAUGAAGAUAUAUCUGUCGGGUCAUGGAUGAUGGGCAUACGGGCAAAUUAUAUAGAUGACAGUCGUUUGUGCUGCAGCAGUUCAACACAGGAUAAAGUGUGCUCUUUGGCUUGAUAAGUGGAGAUCAUGAUCCAAUAUUGUUUUAAGGUUUGACAGAUUUCACUUGUCAAAAAUUUUGCAGAUUUUUAAAUGUUUUUUUUUUUUUAAAUAUAGAUGUCAAGACAUUUUUAGAAACCCUUUCGGGUUUUAAAACAUAGCGGAUUUUUUUUUCAUUA